AUGCGAAGGAGCACAAUAAAGAAGAGGCUCAAGCUAUCUCAUCAGUUCAGCAAGCGCUUCCAGAAGAGACCAGUCUCUCAAUCACAUAUUUCAAUACAGGAUCAAGAGUCUUCGAGUGAUGAUAUCUCUGGAAUCUUACAGGUAGAGCGCAUCAAGGCGCUAGAGUACAUCGUCAAGCACUAUACAGGACUUGAACAGUUCAGCCUACCAGACCUCGAGGUGGUUAUUGCAGACAUUCCCUCGAAUGAAGAAUUUCUACCAAAAGGAGACGAGAAUAAGGACGAUGGCAGCAAUAAAAGUGCGGAUACAACAUCAACUGCUGACUCGGAUCUUUCUAAAGAAGAUCUGCACUCCCUUUUAUCGGGUAAGAGGGAGAGCAAGUCGAACGAUUCCGAGUCCAAGGUCUCAAGUACAGACCCAGCAGUCGGCGAAACAGGAAGCUUCCUCUUUGCCAUCAGUCAGGAAAAUGCAAUUAUCGAAGCGGUUUCACUGUUCCCGGCAGCUCCCUCAGCCCUUGUCCUCAUAAGAGUGUUCUUUGAGUUCGCACAGACAAACUAUUUCUACGUCGACGAAGAGACACUACGACAACGACUUGCCCAGUUCUACUCUUGCAAUCGUCAAGUAGGAGAUGAAGACAAACCUUGGAUAUCUGUUGCCUUGAUGGUGUUUGCUCUUGGCGUUCAGUUCUCGAAACAGUAUCAAUCUUCGGCGCAUAGUUCGUGUAGGGAACUCAUGAGGGAGGCUCAUGAUAUUUGUAAAACCAUGGAUGAUGCUGCUGCUUCUACACUCUAUGGAAAAGCAAGGGGACUGAUUCCUGAUAUCAUGUCAGCCAACUGUAUCGAAAGUGUACAGGCCUUUCUCCUAUUUGGCUUAUAUACGCUGCCCACGGAUCCAGCCGGACUAUCUCUGACGUAUUUUGGACUCGCUACCAAGCUGGCAACACAACUAAAUCUACACCAGAGGAACACUCAGAGUGUCUUCCCUAGAGAGUAUGAGGUGCAGAAAAGGGUUUGGUGGACAGUGUACGCCCUCGAACGCCGAUCUUGUAUCUUACACGGACGACCUGUUUCUAUCUCCCGAGCAGAUAUCGAUGUCGACACUCCAGUUGAUAUGGAAGAUCUGCAGCCUAAAGAACGAAUCAACACUUUUCAAAAUAGUAUGGCGAUGCUCAAGCUCACUAUCUUCAUGGAGGAUGUUCGAGAUGCAAUCAAGGUUGACUCUGAAAAGUGGCCAUAA